AUGAGCGACGUAUUUUGGUUGAAUUUGACAACUGGUUGUGAAUAUUUCGGAUUGGCAAUGUCAAUUUUGGGAAAUUCGAUGCUUUUGGGAUGUUUGUUGAAAAGACCGAAUGAAGGAAUUGGAUCAUACAAAUAUCUUAUGAUCACUUUCAGUAUUUUCAGUUUAUUCUACACCGCAGUUGAAACAUUCUUAAGACCGGUAAAUUUCAGAUUCAAAAGAAUUCUCUGAAAUUAAUUUUUGCAGCUUCUCCACCAUUAUGACAACACAUUAUUUGUGAUUCAACGUAAAAGAUUUGAUUACAGUACAACUGUAGCACGAGCUAUUUCAUGUAAGUCUUCGGCUUCAGCAAAAAUUAUGAAAUAAAUAAUCGAUUUAUUUUCUAGCAAUAUACUGCGGAUGUUUUGCAAUGAGUUUUGUUCUAUUCGCUCUUCAUUUUCUUUACCGUUAUUUUGCAGCUUGCAAGUAAGUUAAUCUUUCUAAGCUCACAUUUGUAAAUAAUCAAAAUCUGAGCUUUUAGACCUGAUAAUCUUCGUCAUUUUCAAGGAAAGAAAUUUCUUUAUUGGGUUUUUGGUGCGAUUUUGAUAUCUUUGACUUGGUCAGCUUGCGCAUUUUUCUGUUAUCCUCAUACUUCUCGAACUGAUUCUUCACUUCGUUAUGUUCUUGCUACAUCUUAUGGUUUGGAAUUUAAUUCGGUUGAUUACGUUCCAUAUAAUUACGUAAGUGUACUUUCCUUAAUUACCGUUAUAUUUUAAUUUUAAUGAUGAUUGUCUUUUUAUAGUACGUUUACCCUAAUAAUGGAACUGAAAAACAAUUGAAUAUGUUGAAUAUGAUUGGUGUUAUUCAUCAUGUAACUGUUAUGCAAAUUUCAUUGGGAAUUGUGCAGAAUUAUGGAAUCAAAACAUAUAGCACAAUUUGUGCUUUUAAGGGAACAUCGACAAGAACAAAAAGAUUGCAAAAACAACUGUUCCAUGCACUUGUCAUUCAGGUUUGUAUCAUUUUUCGAGAAAUUUGAGAAUAUUUCAAGAAUUUCAGACUUUGAUUCCAUUGAUUUGCAUGUUUCUACCAAACACAAUUCUCAUGGUUGCCUCAUUUGUUGAUUUCAUUGAAUUUGGAGCAUAUGCGAAUAUAUGUGUUGUUAUGGCUCAUAUUUAUCCCGGAAUCGAUCCAUUUGUCACACUUUUCUUGAUUAAAGAUUUUCGGAGAUAUAUUAAAAGUAUUACUUUGAUCAUAAGGCAUAUUUAUCAACAAAUCAAUAAUAUUCCAGGCAUUAUUUUUCGGACGGAAUUAUCUGUUGGCAAUAGUACCGUCACACAAUCAGUAGCCAAAAAAUGA